AUGGCUUUCCAAAGCUCCUCGCCCACCUAUGGCGACUGUGUCGCGUCCCUGCGCACCUCGCUCUCAUUCCUCGAGUCUUCCGUGGCGACCCUGGACGCAGGCGUACAAGACUUCCCCCGCCUCUCCUCCGUUCUCAAGACAGUCCGCCACUACGAACUGAUCCCCCAACCCACCCUUGCUGCCGCCGAAUCCUCCCUGCGCGACGAGAUCGGCCCCUUCGUCGCCCUCCUCCUCAACCGCGCCGACAAACACCUCGAGCGGCAAGCCCGCCGCAUCGAGACCCUCAAAGCCCGUGCCGAACUCAACGCCGGCCGUCUAUCACACUACCCGGCCCCAGGCGAGGAAGACGAACAAGGGGGUGGCUAUGGGAGUGGAUCGAAAGGGAAAAUACGGGGUACCGCCGCCUCGGCGUCUGCUUCUGCGUCUGCGUCUGCUAGGAUGAAGGGACGGGGUAAGCCACUGGAUGGCGGGGCCGCUCUGCGUGCUAAAGUUGUCCGCCAGCGAAAGGAGGCAUUGCAGUACAGCGUGGAGAGGUUGGAAUUGGAGGUGGCGCAGAAAGAGAGGGAACUGAGGAUGCGGUUGGAGCAGGCAUGA